CUCGAUACCUGAAACCUGACACUUAAAUCUCGAAACUUGAUAUCUGAAACUUGACACCUGAUUCGAUCACUAAUCUUGACUCUCAAACUUUUGAAGAAGAGGAUCAAAUAAAAAAUUGUAUUUUUGAUUGACUAGCUAGUGGUACUACUGAUAUUCGCGUUUGUAACAUACAUGACGGCGUUGGGUAGUGAAAGUGUGUCGUCGGUAACGUGUAUUUUACUUAUUAUACUGUCUGGAGCUUUCGUGUUGGUCUUGGCAAUCGAUAUUAUCAGUCAACUCAGCGGAGGAGAACUGCAGUCGAUUCCAAUGUUUCUCUUUUCUUUUCUCGGUGUAAUAUUGUUCGGAAUAGCUGGGAUUUUACUGAUACCAGUUUUCUCUGCCACCGAGCUUUGGUACAUAUUAACAAUACUGUGUCUCUGUUUAUUACUGUCUAUCCUGUUCCUGAUCGAUGUUCUCACAGUAGUCGUAUUUUGGAAACGAAGCUGUGACUUUUGCAAGGAACUCUAUUGCGCGAAUCGAGUGGAGGUGUUAUAUCAGAAACCCGUGAUUUGCUAUCCUACGUGUGACGAAAUAACCAAGCACGACUUGACGACAAGCGUCAGCAGCCUCAAAGUAGCUUCCGGAGACGAGGAGGUUGAUCAUAGUCGUAGAAAAGUUGGAUAUGGACGUCGACGCGAAUACGUCGAUCGUCAGACUAGUGCUCCAAAAGUUGCCAUUGUCGAAGUUGCCGACAUACAAACGGAACCGAGUGAUACUCGCAAUAUACAGAGUCAAACUCAUCGAGAGAUAAAGGAAAUACCAGUGCAAACCGUGAGCAAAUGCGAACUCUGCAAUCGUCAAAUACCGAUAUUUUCGACGCCGAAGGAUCCUAUGGUGGGUACAGUGCCACAGACACCUUGCGCAACAUGUCCUGCACUCAUGCAGCUCAUUCGAGGAGCACCGUGUUGCCCUGGGUGCGUUCUCAUGCUUACUUCAUAAUUUUAUCUUUUGGAGAUUGGAAAAUUUAGGGGUUUGGUAAUUUAUGA